AGCAACGUUUGCAGCGCAGGCACCCAAGCAUUAUUAUUUUUUUUUUACGGGGGGCGGGGGAGCUCCUCCUCGUAGGGAAGAAUAUUGACGCUCUUUUCGGAAUAUCAUCCCCCUAUUAAAUUUAAUUAUUUUUUUUUAAAGAGGGUGGCAUAGCAUGGCUAUGCAGCUAAGCCCCGAUUUCAAAGCGGGAUCAACCGAUUCCUCCCCAAUCUUGGUUCCAUCUGCUCAGGCAAAGAUCAAGAGAGGAGGAGGCAGCCCCGGGGAUGUCCUUGAAGACGGGAUCCCCGCCGAGAUCUUUCCUCGGCUCGACCUUGGUCCUGGAGACGCGCGGAGGGGCGUCGGCCGCGGGGCGGGGCGCGCGUUCUGCGUUGGGGGAGAGAAAGUUGUCUUUCGUGAUUUUGCACUUCCUGUUUGGCAGCAGCGGCCUCCUCCUUCUCCCCGAUUGCGAGGAAUAUAUACUGUGUACAGUAUAUAUACACGCGCGCGCAGAGCUUGGUGACUGCCUUCCCGGGUUGGGUUUCCUUGCUCGCUCGCGCUCCUUUCGCUUGGAUCUUGUGCAAGCAGCUGUCAGAAAGCGUCCUCGCUUGCAAAGCGCCAAACGGGAACCGCGAGCAGUGCUGGGUGAUCUGCUCACCUCCCUCCCUCCCUGGGUCACUUGUGUUUGCAAACUGCGGCCGCCUGCCUGCCUGAGAGUCUUGUUUUGCAGCGCGAAAGGAAACCAGCUCUUCAACGCGAAUUGCAUCUCUUCUUCCUCCUCCUCCUCCUCCUCCUCCUCCUCCUCCUCCUCCGUAGUGGUGGCUGGCGGUGGGGCCGACCUGGGCACUGGAGCCAGACUUGGCACUAUAAGAGCAGAGAGGUGGGGGGGCUGCGUUUCUGCAAAACAGCCUCCGCAUUCAGAUAAUCUGCACGAUUACACUAAAUUGUGUUGGGUGCACCUCCUUGCUUUCGCCCUCCGGGCACGCUGACUCAGAGGACAUGCCCAUCUCCUGCUGCGCGGGGGGAAGGAAACUUUUGCAGCCGCCCAGAAGCGCGGGCUGCUUCUGAAUCGGCCCUGGAGUUCCCUGCUGCAGCCUGAGCUUUCACCCACCUCGGCUAGCUUUCUCGCCGCCUUCCAACCAUUGCGCUUUUUCUGCACGAUGCGAGGCGCCUUCUUCCGCCUCUCCUUCCCAGACCCAUCCCGUGCCCUUGAGGACCCCGAGCAGCCGCUGUGGUCGUAACACCCCCCACCAGCUUGGGACGUCCCUCUUUUGCUGCCAAAGGCUCUGGAAAAACAAAGCAGUAUAAAACUAGGAGCUCAAAAGACCCAUCACUUGGCGGAGGAGCUUGGAGAGGCUCAGCCGGAGAGCCUGGCUGAAGGAGAGACCUGGCCGGGCCGGUUCCCGUGGGCCUCUCCUCCGACCUUCCCGUCGGAAGGCACAUCGGAGAGAUGGGAAGCACCGCUAUGGACACCAAGAAGAAAGAUGAAGCGCCCAGUGGCAAGAGGAGUAGCAGCCAGAAGAAGCGCCUUCUGCGAGUCCACAUCCCAGAUCUCAGCUCAUUUGCCAUGCCAUUCUUGGAUGGAGACGUGGACGGUGCAGAAAAGCAUGCUUCACGGAAGGCAGAAGACAGCUACAACACAGGGAGCCCUUCCAAAGGACUUUUCCCAAAGGGGCUCCAGAACCGGCCUUCCAGCCCAGCCUCUGCCCCGGUCAAAUCCAAGCACAGUCCUGGCUCGCCCAAAACAGUGUUCCCCUUCCCCUACCAGGAAUCUCCCCCUCGUUCCCCUCGGCGCAUGAGCUUAAGCGGGAUCUUCCGGUCGUCUUCCAAAGACUCUUCGUCCCCCAGUUCCAACGCAUCCACUUCCCCUGGGGGCAUAAAGUUCUUCUCCAGAUCAAGAAAAACCUCUGGUCUCUCCUCCUCUCCCUCGACCCCGACACAAGUGAUCAAGCAGCCAACGUAUCCACUUGAAUCCUACAAACAUGAACCAGAGAGGCUAGAAACACGGAUUCACACAUCCUCUUCCCCCCCAGAUACAGGCCAGAGACCGAGCCUCCCUCCUGGACAAAGUGUGGCCAAACCCCCCACCUCCACCCCGUGUGCUACCUCAAAAGCCGCAGCUCCUCCUCAGUCCCCGGCCGCCUGCGAAGGGAUGCUGGAGAAACUGGAGCUCGAGGAUGAAGCUGUUGGCGAAUCAGAAAGUGAUAUCUACAUGCGAUUCAUGAGGUCACAUAAGUGUUAUGAUAUUGUUCCAACAAGCUCAAAGCUUGUGGUCUUUGACACUACACUACAGGUAAAGAAAGCUUUCUUUGCCUUGGUAGCAAAUGGUGUCCGAGCAGCUCCUCUGUGGGAGAGUAAAAAACAAAGCUUUGUAGGAAUGUUAACUAUUACAGAUUUCAUUAAUAUACUGCAUAGAUACUAUAAGUCUCCAAUGGUACAGAUCUAUGAAUUGGAGGAGCACAAGAUUGAAACAUGGAGGGAGCUUUAUUUACAAGAAACCUUUAAGCCUUUAGUGAACAUUUCACCAGACGCCAGCCUUUUUGAUGCUGUGUAUUCACUGAUCAAAAACAGAAUCCACAGAUUGCCAGUUAUUGACCCAGUGAGCGGAAAUGCACUUUAUAUACUUACCCAUAAAAGAAUCCUCAAGUUUCUCCAGCUUUUUGUGUCAGAAAUGCCAAAGCCUGCCUUUAUGAAGCAAAACCUGGAUGAACUUGGGAUAGGAACAUAUGACAACAUCGCCUUUAUACACCCAGACACUCCUAUCAUUAAAGCAUUGAAUAUAUUUGUAGAUAGAAGGAUAUCGGCACUACCUGUUGUGGAUGAGUCAGGAAAAGUUGUAGAUAUUUAUUCCAAAUUUGAUGUAAUAAAUCUUGCUGCUGAAAAAACUUAUAAUAACUUAGAUAUCACAGUGACACAAGCUCUACAACACCGCUCUCAGUAUUUUGAAGGUGUUGUGAAAUGCAGUAAGCUGGAAACACUGGAGACCAUCGUGGAUCGGAUAGUUAAAGCUGAGGUGCAUCGAUUGGUGGUAGUGAAUGAAGCAGAUAGUAUUGUUGGUAUCAUCUCCCUCUCGGACAUCCUACAAGCUCUGGUGCUCACACCAGCUGGUGCCAAACAAAAGGAAAGUGAAACUGAAUGAUUGCUGUGAACAUACCUUUGUAGAAAAACUUGAUUGAAGUUACUGGGUCAUCUUUGCCUCAAGAACACUGGCAGCACUAGAGAAGAGAGAAAUGGGGAUGAGUAUGUGUGUAUUGGGACUGAGUGUUGGGUAACUAGUCUAUUACUUCCCAGUGACUGUCAUACACAAAAAGCAGCAUGACAAAAGGCUUAUGUAUUAAAUACAGGCUUGCAUUUCAAAAUGUUUGCUGAAAGACUUCACAUGAUGUCCUUCAUCUAAAAUGCACUGUAUCCUGAAAACAAACAUCUUUUGUAUUUGAUAGAAGUCACUGCUCAGCAACAGAUCUCUGACAUAAGGCAAGUGUAUGGCAUAUUCAUAUCAUAGUGCCUUAUGUCAAAAAGCCAACAAUAUGUCAUCACUGUUGCCCAUCACAAUAAGAGGAAGUAUUGUGUGAAACGAGACACUGUAUUUGAAUGUUCAAGUCGCUAAACCUAAAACCAAAUCAGUUUCAGUUAUCAUUAGAUUUGUCAUAAAAGCUGUAAUUUGAAUAUCAGUAGAUUACUUUAAAACUUUAAUGACAGUUUUGUGUGUUUAUAAAUGUUGCAUUCUGAAGAGAUGGUAAAACAAGACUGAUCUAAAACCAGCUUUAUUUAUUUUUAUUUUCUUGCAAUUUUUUACACAUCUUUGGUGGAUAGCUAAAACUUCACCAUAUUCAUUAAUAAAACAUUGAUUGUUAUAUAAGAUCUCUCAUUACUUAAACAGUGGUGCAUACCUUGUGGCUUUUAGAUGGGUUGUACACAAGAGGCACAGAAAUCAGGGGUUUGUCAAAUGUAUCACCACUUGACACCUCAUAUAACCACAGAAAAGAAGCUAUGAAAAAGUAAUCAACAAAGGAAUUUGAAUGUUGAUUAGCAUAUAAACUAGCAGAAAAGUAACAGUAUCAUGCUGGUAUUCUGUAAAGAUUGGAAUGAAAGCCAGGGUCUGAGAAUAAUUCCAAAAGUCCUGCUAUGUAAUUUUAGUAACAAAAAAAUCCUAGGCGCCCAGAAGAUGGUAUAAUCCACUUAAAAUUACACCCAUGUCUCCAUAUGCAGUAAAAAAAGUAAAGGUAAAGGACCCCUGACAGUUAAGUCCAGUUGCGAACAACUCUGGCACUCAUCUCACUUUACUGGCCGAGAGAGCCGUUUGUCCAUGUAGCCAGCAUGACUAAGCUGCUUCUGGCGAAACCAGAGCAGCACACGGAAAUGCCGUUUACCUUCCCACUGGAGCGGUACCUAUUUAUCUACUUGCACUUUUUGGCAUGCCUUCGAACUGCUAGGUUGGCAGGAGCUGGGACCGAACAGCGGGAGCUCACACCGUCAAGGGGAUUUGAACCACCAACCUUCCAAUCGGCAAGCCCUAGGCUCUGGUUUAGACCACAGCGCAACACAGUACAACCACAUGUUCUGGCAUAUUCCAUUUUUAGGGUGAUUCAGAUUAAUUCCUUUCAUAAGCCAAACUGAUUAUCUGUGUUAACUAUAAACAUAUAUUUGUUGUCCAAAAUGUAGUUGUUUUUAAGGAUAUGCUCUUCUCUUUUUAAUCUUAUUUUUUAAUAUUUAAAAAAAACCCAGAAAACAGGCAGUUCUUUUCCCUUUUGAGAAAUUAAAGAUAUCUGUGGAAGCCUCUGGAGUUGGAUAGCUUCUUUCCAGGGAAGGUCCUGUCCCUUAAGCAUCUAUUUGUCCCCUGUACAUGGUGUGGGUAUGUUGGCUGUAUACUAGCAGAAUGGAUCUCUGCAACAAGACUUCCCAUCCCUAUUCCCUGUAGUUCCGUAUGCCCACCAAAUCAACUUCAAAUGAUUAAGGGACCCUCUAGAAUAAAUGGGGCACAUGGGUGCCUGCAAGAGGGGAAAGGAGGGAAGUUGCUUAUACAAGGUUUAUCCACCCGAGGCUGCUUCCACACAAAGCAUUUUUUUCCAGAUCUGUCAUGCUUUGUUCAGACAUCAUUGCCAAAGUGCCUAUGUUCAGUGCAAUGUCCUGAUUUGGGGGUGGGGUGUUGUCAGAGCGCCAACCUCCCCAGCACUUUAGAGUUUACUUGAUCAUUAAUUAACCGUUUCUUCUUUAGAGUUUCUGCCCAUUUUAUAAUUGUUUAAACUAUUUAUAUACAGAAAGCAAAAAUUAGUCAAAUAAAAAAAAAUUAAGGGCAGUGAUAAAAGCUGUGGGCUCUGUUAACUCCUCCAGCCUUUCAGUGUUUCUGCUGAGGUGGUUCCAACUGUGUCUCUUGAAAAGUUUCAUGUUAGUUAACUUCGCUAACAUUAUUGUUUAUUUCCUCCCAUAGCAAAUAGCUCUCUUUAUCUAUUACAUAAUGAAAGGAAGCCAAUAAUUAAAUCUUCAUACACACCACACACAAAUGGAACAGACUUCAGGGGCAAUUCAUAAUUAAUCCACACACCCAGUUGUGCCGCAUAGGAAGCAAUAAAAAGCACUAAACCUGGAAUAAGGCAUCUACUAAUGUUGCAAGAGACCUUUGCUGAAUGGAACUGCCUUGUCAAUAAACAUUACAGAAGACUCUUGGCCAUGGAGAAGAACACAUGUGGAUUAUAUAGUGCUGUAUUGCGCCAUGUAGAAACACUGUGUUAAUUCCACAUCCAGAUGCUUAUGAAAGAGCAGUGUGAAAGGGUCUUAUUUUGGAAGCAACAAAAUAAACCCCUCCCCUGCCAAAAAAGAUACUUGCUGUCUAUGGACAUUCGGAACGUGACACAAGAGAGGUCCUAGUUUUCUUCUGCAUCAUUUACAUUUCAAAUAGGUGGUACAUAUGACACAAAAAACAAAAGGAACUGAUCGUGCUUACAAUCCAGAAUACCCUGUUCCUUUUAACUACUCUCCAAACUAUUCUUGUUGAGGGGAGUCCUGACCCCUCCAACAAUACAUGAUGGUUUGUGCAAAUUUCAUAAUCUACGUCUGAAGGGUGCCAGUACAGCAUUGAGGUCUCAUGAAAGGUGAACAAUUGUCCAGAGAUUUCAGAUGGGAUAGAUAAGAUUUUGUCAGCUGCAGUCAGCUGAGAAGGAUAAUGCACUUUCCCCACCAUUGGUACCGACUUCUAUCCUGCUUCAGAAUGUGUGCUUUAAACAGGUUAAACAUUUAAAUUAAAUACAUAAGCAAAAUACAUGUAUGAAACAACAACUGGGAGCAAUUAUUAGUAAAUGCUAUUGGAUAAGAAAACUUCAUCCCGUGUUGUCCAAAGCAUCUUUAAAUUAAAUAACACUUUAUGAGCUGAGAGAAACAUUGUAUAUACUAAUAGUAUACUCUUUCUUCAAGUGUGAAUCCUUAUGCAGCCAAAACGGCACAAAGCACUAGGGAAGUACGUAUCAGCAAGCUAGGGAGAACUCAAAGGUUUACAGAAAUAGAAAACAGGAGGGGUUAUGAAAUUGUAUUAUGUGAGAGGAGGGAAUGGCUAGAACACAAAAUAUUAUUUUAUUUGUAGAACUACUUUUAGUUAAAAAAUGGCAAAGCAGUUUACAAAGGAAAUCAACAAACAAAAUUAAUAGAUGUGCAGGGUAAAAGUAAUAAAUAAUUUAUCAUCAUCAUCAGAGCUAUUUCUCUAGAAAAAGAGGUGCCAGAACUCACCAUGAACCCUUGUUCUCUUAUAAUGGCAAUGACAGCCACCUGAGAGGUGCUGGAACUGAAUUCUGGUGAGUUCUGACUGAAAUAAAAGCCCUGAUUUUUUUAUUAUUUAUACAGUACAGUAUAUAGAACAGAAAAUACCAAAAUCCAUGAAAUGGGAUUCCCCUCACUCAAUAUGCACAUAAAUUCCACUCCUACUGAAACAUCUGUAAAACUACCAGCAUACAUUCAUCCAUAUGCAAGCAUGCUCUCAACAAUUACUUGUCCCAACAAUCUCCAGAGUAUACAAAGACUCUACUAUAACACUAUUAAAAAAAUCCUUCCAGUAGCACCUUAGAGACCAACUAAGUUUGUCAUAGGUAUGAGCUUUCGUGUGCAUGCACACUUCUUCAGAUACACUGAAACAGAAGUUACCAGACCCUUAUGUAUAGUCAGAGGGUGGGGAGGGGUAUUACUCAGAAGGGUGGUGGGAAUGGGUGAUUGGCUGAUAGGAGUGGUAAACCUGUUGAUGACUGUUAACAACUGCAAUUGGUCUUGCAGGAAAAAGCAAGGGCUGAGGUGCUAAAGAGAGCUUUAUCAUGUAUAAUGAGAUAAGAAUCCAGUGUCCUUAUUCAGACCAGGUCUCCAUGGUUUUAAGCUUUUUUCUCUAGGCUAUACUCUAGCCUAGAGACAUUUGCUCAUGCACUAAUUUUUUUAAUUGAUAGAUACAUCAGAAAACAAAAAUAGCAAUGUUCUACAAAUAAAAAAUAUUUUGAUAAUGCAGGCAGUAACAAUUUUGCUUGGGGGUUCCAUUCCUGGCCCUCAGGUGCGUCAGCAAAGCGUGCAUAAGCCCGUUACUCCCUCAUUCUGACGUCCAAAAUGAGCCACUUGUCAACAGUUGUGCAUCAAUUGGAUGCGUACAAAAUGGUUGCUGCCUGUAUGCUACACUAUACUGCACUGAAAUGUAACUGUUUCCUUGAUGGACCUUGAAUCUUCCUGCCACACUGCCAUCCUUUUCUGCUACUACACCCUUACAAGAACCACUGCUCUUAACCACUACACCACACUGCCCCGCAUAAAAGUUACUCUAUGCUAGUUACACAUAUGCUUGGGAGAAGCAAGUGAGUUGGGGACUAGGAGAUAGGAAGCACACCUAACACUAUGUUGUCAAACAGCACACACACCCCAAAAAAUCCCCGGGAACCUGCAUGCUUUGGAACCUAUAAUGUAGGUUUUGGGCAGAAACCUAUAAUGUCUCUUCACCCAGUCCUUCACAAGAGCAGAGUUUUAACCAUGUAAGUUGUAAUACAGUGACUAAUGUGCAUAUAAUUUCUCUGUGUGAGUGCAUACAAUAUUAGCAUUAUUAGUCACUGAUAAAAGCAGUCUGUGUGGCGCAGUAUAGUUGUAGCAAGCAGACGACCCAUGGCUGAAAUCGCUGCACUUUACCAUGAACCUCGACCAAAUCACAACCUUUAGUUUGCUCUGGUUUACAGCGUGCUGUGAGGGGGAAACGGAAAAACUAAACUGCCGUUCUCUUCCUGGAUGGAAAGAUUUUAUUUUGAAAUACGAUAAUAUUUUUUUGUUAAUUAUGUUGCUUUGACUGUAUACUCUAUAUUUGACUUUCUUCAGAUUGUUUUAUUUAUGCUUCAUUGAUUUAAUAUACUGUAAAACCGCUUUGAAAUUUUUCUUAAAAAUAUAAAGCAGUGUAGAAAUUAAUUAAUUAAAUAAAAAAUACUGUAGCCCCCCUGAUCCACACAUGUGGUAAAACCAUUCAAGGAAUCAAACCAGUGUAAAUAUCGUAGCACAGCACUCGUGAUUCAGGUACACACAAAUCCCUGGCGGCGCGUUCGGGCGGCAGACAGAUAGUAAGAUACGUCAAUGCAUUUUUUAAGAUUUCCCAGUGCAAACGGAAGCUCAAUCUGUCCUGUGCGCUGAUUUGGGGGCGAAAGCGUGCGCAACCAUUGCACUAGAAGUAGAACCUCACGUUCUUCGGCACAUAAAACAGAAACCACCAGCGGCUUCUUGCCCGCUGCUAAGAGGACAUUUUGACAAUGGGCCCAGCACGCACGUACUCAAGCACGCACGCACGCGCUGCUCUUUCCCUCACGCAAAACCGCUCCGCUAUCUCCUGCCAAUCACCGUGACUCCGCCCUCCCACACCUUACAUUCGGAUUUGGCCAAUAGCAGCGAGUCAUCAGCGGGACCAAUCAGCAGCCCCGUUCGCGCGCGAAGCCGCCGCCACCCCGCCUUCCGCCAACCAACAAAAAAUAUCCAACCGAUAUAUCCAACCAACGCAUGCCCCUUCUGAGGAGGUGAAAAGGAGUGGGCGGAGGCGGGAGAGAGAGCCAGGGCCAGAGCCAAACAACCAGGCGGGGCAACCCCCUUGAAGGAAGGAUGACGCAGCGAAAUUUCCAGCACUCGCUCGCUCGGCUCGGCCGUUAGCCCGCCUGCCAGUCCAACGGUGAACCGCUCCCUCCCACGUGACGCAAGCGCGCACGAUGGCGGCCGUACGAGGGCGAGCGAAUGCUGAGGUGACGAUGCGCGCACGCGCGAGCGGGGGGGGGAGGAAACGGAGGAGGAGACGGCCGAGGACGGCGGUUGUCACGGAAAUCAUCAUUGACGAUUCAGUUUGUGGAAGGCCAGUUUGUUGAUUCAUAUGAUCCUACCAUAGAAAACACAUUCACAAAGCUGAUUACAGUAAAUGGGCAGGAAUAUCAUCUUCAAGUAGUUGACACAGCUGGCCAAG